AUGGGUAUACCGCCUGCCGUUGGUGUCAACUCGACAAGGGCAUGUCCACUGAAAUCGACCAAUUCAGCAUACACAUCCAUAUCCAUUUACUGCAAUCGCGGGGGAAAGAAGGAGUGCGGUCGAGGAUCUAUGUCACUCGUUCGGCAGGAACCUGCUCCCAAGAAAGUAGUCAAAGAGACGGGUCUGAACGGUAUCGCGGCUCCGGAGGUGGAGUUCAAGGUUGUAGAGAAUAAGAUGAGUCAGAAGGAGAGGAAGAAGGCGAAUGCUGAGGAAAGAGCCAGAGCUGAGUAUUGA